UCUACCACGUGAUGCGCCAAGUGUUCGAGAGCAAGAAUGCCGCGGCGCUGGAAGGCUCGCAACAGGAAGCAGCCGGAGGCCACGGAGAUGUGGUGGCCGAGCUGGCAUUUGACCCCGCCUGGCUCACGAACAGUAACGCCGAGGCUCACGACCCCGAGUUGGCUUCCAUCACGACCUUGCACAUGGAUAAUGGGACGGCGGUGUCAGUCAAGCAGGAGCCACCGGACGAAACGGAUGCAUCGGAACACGAAGCCAGCCUGGUGGCCUCCGGCGGCGAGGAGGACGGGCCAGCAGUGGAGGACACCGAUCGCGAAGACCUGGAGACGCUGGCGUCGUUGCAGCGCAGCAUCACCAUGGCGAGGGCACUCUUUCACAAGCGGCGCAAGGAUUUCAAGAAUGCCGUGGAGUCGUUUGAGCCACGUUCGGCUUCUGUUGAAGCCUCCAAUCGCCUGGGCGGAGACUGUGACACCUCCGGUGCGAUGCGCGCACGCAAACGCUAACACCACCGCCUGUUGAAGACGGCCUCGAACACUUUGGUCUCUUUGUGGCUCAGAGGCUGCGCAUGAAGGACCCGACGACGCAAGCACGUCUCAUGUCAUCAUCUUAAAGCUAGUUGUCGAAGCGCCAAGUGGGCUUUCAGAAUGACUGUGCCAACGAUGUCUUCAUUGUCGCUUUCCAAGUGCAUCGCCUACUUCAAAACAAAAAGAUACAUGACUAAGUGCUUCCGUCACCAGUAAAAGCGCUCUUGUAAUGAAAAAAAAUAUAUAUAUUGUGCAAACCCAACGCAAUGUUGGCACCUAAACGAAACGAAGCUUGCGUGAUAUGUGAUUCUCGAAUGCCAGGUAAGGUUAAUUUGAAUGUCAGAAGCAGCGUUCACUGAAGGUGUAAGUGCUCGAUUGACGAAAAGGCA